CCAGCUUUUCAGUGUGUUUCUGGAGCAGUUCGCGUGCGGCGGUGUUUUGUGCGUUGUGUUGAGUGUUGACUGUUAAGGCGAAAGGGCUGGCUUCUUUGAAGGCUUACAAACAAUUUUGUCCCGACUCGACAAACAACAAAAAAUAAGUGCAUAGCCAGCCAACCGAGAGUUUAAAAGUAAUCAACAAAGUAUAUUCUUUCCUUCUUUUUGUUUGUCCUUGCUGAACUAAACUGUGCUCUGUUUGUGGAUAUAUGUACAACACGCCAAACGCCAAGAGGAUUUAAAGAGAGUAUUGCAUCCAUCGAGAGUUGUGUGUGCCUUUCAAUGCUUUUCUAUGCUCGUCUUUGUUUGGUUUUAAAAUAUUCAUAUUCGUUCUCCAUCCGCCCUUUUUGCAUUUUUUAUAACUCUCACCCACUUUGACCGCCCCAAGGGGCGUGGGCCCAAAACUGCGCCUCAAUCGCAGUUUACUUCAUGGGUGUGUGGUGUGCGUGGUGGUGUUGGUGGUGGUGGUGGGGGAUAGUUUAUGAUGCUUAUGAGUUGAUUAUGGGCUGCAAAGUGCUGUGCCAUUGUCUUCUUUGGGACCUCUUCCCUGCGGGCAUCCCUAAGAUCUAGUCUUGUCCCGUUCCGUCCCACCUCGUCCUGGAGAUAUAGCUCGGAAUAACUGACCCUGGGGCGCGUCGCCUGCACAUGUGUAGAUAACUCAAAAUGGACACACCUGAUGAUUUUGUGCCAGUGUGUGUGGGUGGAAUGGUUGUGUGUGUGUGUGCGAAGUUGCUGCGGCCAAGGGAGCUACACUCGCGGCUGCACUAAUAGCAGCAGCUACUAGGCAUGGGCGCAUUGGCUACAUCAGUGAGUUAGCAUUAAGGUGUCACCUCUCUAAGGCUUCAAUCGGAUUAGGACCAAGAAGCUGGUUUAAAAGCUCAUUAUCCCUACCCACGACUUUCAGCCGAAUAGUUUCCUUGUUUCAACUCCUAUUAUUGCGACCGCGAGUGCCUGUAAAUGUGCCAGAAUGUAUUAGAUAGUAACGGCAACGGUAACGGCAACGGAACGUACAUGUUUGCAUACAUGUAUGUAUGUAGGCCCAUGGCCCACAUAAGUAUGCAGUGCACGUACAGCCAGGUAGAUGUGUGGGCGAGUGCGUGUGUGUGUGAGUUACGAUUUCCAGGUGCAGGUGACAACUCGAUAAGCGGCCGAUAGAUGGCGCUACCAUGCGAGGCCGCACAACUUUUUCAUUUCCUGUUUCCACUUCACAGGUGCAUUCCGCUGCAGCAGAACUAUAUUUGCACUUUCAUACAGCCCCUGGCGCUGAUUUGGGGGCGUGGCAGGUCGGCGGCGGACAAUGAACCCGCCCACGCAGCAAGGACAAUAAUUGCAGACUGAAUUGGCGUGGGAUGCCAGUGGAGGAGCAGCAUGAGUUGGCCCUUUUGGAGCGAUGGCAUAACUCGCAUUACGGCCGUUAAGUUUCGGUAAGUUGGCAAGUUAAGACGCCGGAAAUGGGCAGUCUGCCAAAUCUUCACGAGCUGGAGGAGGCGGAGCGCAAGCGGGAGAAGCGGCGGGAGUACGAACUGCUGCUGGAGCAGCGAGCCCGGGACACCAGUCGCGAGCGGGAGCGACUCUCCGCGUUCGCUCAGCAGCGCAAGCAAUCGUCGUAUAAUGCUUACAUAAUGGCUGGUCUGGGGAUUGGUGGCGGAUCCUUGAGCCUCAAUGCCACCGCAGGCACUGCCACCGGCAACGGAGAGCUGCCCGGUGGCAAUGGGACAGCUGCGGGAAAGGGCCAGAUCCAGGCGGUGGGCACAGCAUCUGGAUUGGCCGCCAGUGCGGGUGCUCCGGUGGCCAGCAGUGGAUUUGCGAUGCUGGGACUGGGCAAGAAGUAUAUCCCACACUCACACCACCAUCAGCAUCAGCACCAGCAUCAGCACCAGCACCAUCAGCACCGCCAUUCGCUGACCACCAGGCACAGAGUGCUGCGAACGCGCAGUUCUGGAGGAGCCCAGAACGUCUGGGAGGAGCAGAUGAUGGAGCAGCACAUCACCGCAUACUCGCCGUCGCCCAUCUCGACACGCUCGCAUCGAAUAAAUCCGGUGUCCUCGUACCAGGUGCAGGCUGCUCUGGCGGCCUCGCGUCGCCGGGAGUCGAUAAACAGCUCCAUUGGAGCCACCUCCAUACGGCGACUGAUAACGCUGAACAACAGGAAUUGCCGGCACAAGGUGCCAGCCCAUGUGCGCCAGAAGGUGUGGCGCCAGUUUAGCUGCUUGAGCUUGGCCCAUGGACUGAUGAACUGCGUCCUGCUGCCGGUGAUGGCGCUCCAGGGCUCCAAUGCAGUGUGGCACCAUCGGGAGGAAUGGUUGCCCCUCGGCCCGGAGAUUGGAUCCCUGCUGCUGAGUGCUCUCUUCCUGGUGGCCGCUGGCAUGAGCCUGCCCAGCAUUCGACUGAUGAAACGCUAUGGUUAUGGCCCACUGAUAGUGGCCAACUAUAUGACAGUGCUUCUCUUCCUCCUGUCGCACCUGUACGCCUCCAUUUACACCCUUCUACCCGCCUACCUGCUGCUGGGCGUGACCCUGAGCGGAUCCGCUGGCUCCAAGGCGGCCUUGAUUGUCCACUUUGGUGGGAAGCUGAGCUGCUCCUGCGAGUCGCAGCAGUCGCAGGCGGCCGUCGAUGUGCUUCACGAGGAGCACAAGAUGUUUUGCAAUCGGGAUCAGAAGGUGAGGCGUCUGGCCAGGUGGUUCAGGGUUUCCCAGGACCUGGGACUCAUCGGCGGAGCCCUACUCGCCUCCAUUUUGCUGGCCUGCAGCGAUGGCAACUUUACGGGCGAUUGCUCCGGACUGGUUUACUAUGGCAACGAGAGCUGGCCACCGCAACUGCGCGAUUUCUACAAUAGGAACGAGCACGGCGACAGAAUCUGUGGGGCAGACAUGUGCCCACUGAGAGUGCAAUCCAUCCUGGCAGCCGGAUGGGCCAAUGGCAGCUCCAUACCCAGCUCCAUCUAUGCGGGCUUCAUCGAAAGCGAGCCCCGGGUGGCCGGGCAAUCGCUGCUCUGGCUGUACGUUCUGUUCUCGAUGAUAUCGUUGGUCCUCUCGCUGCUGAUUGUGGUGGACAAGGUGCAGGCCACUGGGUCAUCGCGACCAGAGCGCUCCAGAGAUGUGAGCAUCACGGACACCCUGCUCUUUGCCGGUCCGCUGGCCUAUUUUGUGGGCACGGAACAGGCGUACAUGAUGGGUGACUUCCUGCGGGCCUUCGUCACGUGCUCCUUGGGGAUCGGCAUGAUUGCCGGCGCCUUGAUUGGCAUGGGUCUGAUGCAGCUCAUUGUCUCCUGCACCUUGAGCAUGCUGCUCAGGCAUGUCAAGCGGAUCGUCGUGAUUUUGGCUGGUUUCUUCUUCCACUCCUGUCUGCUGCUGGCCCUGUCCAGUUGGAAGCCGUCGAGUGACGACAGUGCCCUGUUCUACGUGAUUGCCGCCUCGUGGGGCGCCUGCAAUGGGAUGUGGGAGACGCUCCUGCUCUCGCUGGUCACCCUCAAUCAUGCCAGUCAUGUGACGGAGGUGCAGGCGCCUCUGCUGGCCCUCCGGUUCCUGGGCCUGGGUCUGACCUUCGCCGGUCACGGCUUCCUCUGCGAAUCGAUGAAGAUCAUCGCUCUGGUGGUGCUGCUCGUCAUCAGUGUGCCGCCAUAUGCUACGCUGGAGAUCCGAUUGGAGGCGCAACGCAAGGCGACGCUAGUCAGUUUAUGACGCAGCAUCUUCAGCUAGUCCCGACGAAUGCGACGGGAUGUCGUGGCCCGGACGCACACCAUGUGACAUGUUCCGGAUGCGGACACGGAUACGGACGCAGAACUGGAUUCGGUUCGGCGGCCAGAUCUCCUCGAGAUCGAUAUCGAGACCAAGAUCGAGACGCAGCCCGUCAGCAUGGAACGAGAGACACAAGUCAAGCGACGCAAGCUACACUUCAAGCUCAGUGGACAGAAGUCGCUCGAUUCGGAAAGGGAUACAGUUUGAAGGAGGCUCCAACUGAUAUAUGCAUAUUGACCUCUGGCUAUUGACCUCUGGCUAUUUGACCUCUGUCCGUGGGCCUAGAGGAUAAGACUAGUUAAUAGGUUUGAUCUACACUCAUGUGGGAGGGGAUGAGGUAUUCCCUCGAUGUGGGUGCAUUCUCAAUUUAUAGCAUUUGCCAGUGCCAGUAAUGUUGUUCCAUGUCUAUAACCUAUCUAUCAAAUAGAGAAAUAGAGAUAGAGACAGAUAGAGAGGAAUAUAUAUAUAUAUAUAUAUAGAGGGAGAGAGAGAGAGAGAAAGAGAGAGAGAGAGAGAGAGAGAGGGAGGAGAAGAGCUUUAUGAGCCACAAUAAGCAUCUAGCAUGUAGAACGUUAUAUAUGUAUGUAUGGUAUGUAUAUACCAGUAUAUCCGAUCUGAGGUGAAACGAUAUCAAUUGCCGUAUCUGCGCAUCUGCAUACAUGUGUAUAUGUAUUUCGCCAAGGGCUCCAAAAAGGUUUUUGUGUGUUUUUCCCAAUGUAAACUCCUAGGCGUAGGCGUGUAUUCAAUUGGAACUCCAGUUUGCGGUUUGCAGUUUCCAAACCGCAGCGAUCCGAUCCCGAUCCUGAUCCGGUCCAGAGUUAAUGUAUGUUAUGUAUGUGUUGUCGGUGUUAUGUGCGUUAUAUAGGUUUCGAGACCCUCCACUUUCGCCUAACCACAGGUGCAACCCGAUUCAGAUCCCGAUUCAGAUCUAGAUCCAGAUCCAAAUCUAGAUACAGAUCAAGCUGUUAUGAUAACCAGGUGAAAUCCUAAGGUCUAAGGUCUAAAAGCAACAAUGUUAACAUUUUUAAAAUUUUGAGAGUAACCAUUUUGCGACCGCUGACGAUUUCAUACAUCGGGCCAAGUAUUGCGAGUAUGUUGCUAGCCAUAUACUACGAGUAUAUAUGUAUACAUAUAUGUACAUCUACAUAUACACAUAGACAUAGACAUUAACAUACUAUAGUAUAUAUUUUUUCUUAGCGCUGGUUCCAUCUGAAUACUGAAUAGUGAAUAGUGAACAAAGCAGGUGGCUAAACGAAUGAAACCGGUGGGACGGGAAGCCGAAUACAGAUCCAGAGUUCUACGUGUAUUGGAUGUGUGUUGUAUAUUGUAGGUGUCCAUAUCCAGAUCCAAUAAAGAUUUCAAAAACCCA